AUGAGAGAAAUCGACAUUGAGAAACAAGGUGGAAAGUUCGUGAAAUCAAGUAAUGCGAUUCAAAACAACGCUGACGAGAAAAAUGCGGAGAAUUCCGAUGAGGAAAACGAUACCAAAAAUCAAGGUUUCUUUGCAAAAUUUCGAGGGGAAAAGAAAAAAACUGCUGAUGUUGUCAGUCUCGCAAGUUUGUUUCGAUACGCUUCGACUCUCGAUAUUAUUUUGAUGUUAAUUGGUACAGCCGGUGGACUAGCUCAUGGGGUUUUAAUGCCAUUGAUGAUCAUUGUAUUCGGUAGUCUAUUAAAUACGUUCACAGAUCGAACAGCUGGUCUCUGCACAACGAACUAUACAGCGCUUGCAAUCGAAUCCUGCCCUCCUGGUUAUCAGUUAUCUAUAUCCAAUAUACUCUCAUCGAUAUCAAUCUGUAAUUUCACGAUGACGAAUGGGACUUCUGUUGACUUUCAAGCUUUAGUUAUGACACAGAUUAAUUAUAUGGUGGCACUUGGUUGUGUCAGUAUUUUACUGGGAUAUGUUCAGGUCGCUUUUUGGAGUAUGCCAGCCGAAAGACAGACACGUGCUAUACGACAAAAUCUCUUUCGAUCAAUUCUUCGCAAAGAAAUUGUUUAUUUCGAUACACAUAAAACAGGAGAAUUGAAUACGAGAUUAACAGAUGAUGUUGAUAAAAUUCACGAUGGUAUUGGAGAUAAACUGGGAUCAGCAGCACAGUUUUUAGCAUCAUUUAUUACUGGAUUGAUUAUUGGCUUUGCCAAAGGAUGGAAAUUAACAUUAGUCGUUUUGUCCAUGUCUCCACUGUUGUUUGCCUCUGCGUUGCUUCUAUCAAAAUUUGCAUCUAGUUUAACAGCUAAGGAGCUGAAAGCUUAUGGAAGGGCAGGUGCAGUAGCGGAAGAAGUAUUCAGCGCGAUUCGUACAGUUUUUUGUUACAAUGGGCAAGAACGAGAAACGAAAAGAUAUGAAUACCAUCUUGAUGAGGCAAAGAAGAGUGGUAUAAGAAAAGGUGCAAUCAAUGGUUCUUCAAUGGGUCUCGUAUGGUUUUUGAUUUAUUGUGCAUAUGCAUUGGGAUUUUGGUAUGGAGCAAAAUUAAUUCGUGAUGAAGGAUAUAAUAUCGGCAAUGUUAUUAUUGUUUUCUUUUCUAUUAUCAUCGCUGUGUUCAAUUUGGGACAAGCUAGUCCUCACUUUCAAGCGUUAACUCAAGCACGAGCAGCAGCUCGUAUUGUAUGGGAGGUUAUUGAUGCUCCAUCAAAGAUUAUCAGCGAUUCAGAGACUGGUGUGAAAAAAGAUGAUCUAGUUGGCGAUAUCGAAUUUGAUAAUGUGAGCUUUGCAUAUCCCUCACGCCCGGGUGUUCAAAUUCUCAAUGAAAUAUCAUUCGAUGUGAGACGAGGCCAAACCAUCGCUCUAGUUGGGUCGUCAGGUUCCGGCAAAUCAACAUGUGUUCAAUUACUACAACGAUUCUACGAUUCGGAUGCGGGUUCAGUUCGUAUCGAUGGACACGAAGUGAAAGAAUAUAAUUUAAAAUGGUUAAGAGAGCAUAUUGGUGUGGUUAGUCAAGAACCUAUCCUAUUUCAAGCAACAAUUCGAGAAAAUAUUCUAUUCGGACGAGACUCGGCUACUGAUGUUGAAGUCCACGAAGCGGCAAAAAUGGCUAAUGCACAUGACUUCAUUAUGACCUUACCUGAUAAAUAUGAGACACGAGUUGGUGAACGUGGUGCUACGUUAUCAGGUGGACAAAAACAACGAAUCGCAAUUGCUCGCGCCUUGAUUCGAGAUCCGAAAAUCUUACUUCUCGACGAAGCUACAAGUGCACUCGAUAACGAAAGUGAAAAAAUCGUACAGGAUGCGUUAGAUCGAGCUGCUGAGGGACGAACAACAUUGGUUAUUGCACAUCGUCUUUCCACAAUUCGUAAUGCUGAUAAAAUUGUAGUCAUGCACAAAGGUGAAGUAGUUGAAGAAGGUGAUCAUGCGUUAUUAAUGAAAGCUGAAGGCGUAUACUACGGUCUUGUGGAGCAACAAAAUCUACGGCGAGCUGAAGAAGAAGAACAAUUAGCUUUCGAACGUCAAGAAAGCGCGGGAAUUGCUACUGCUCAUAAUCUGGACGAGACUGAUUCAGAGGGUAUUCGAAAACGAGCUUCGACAGUAGUUAGUUUAACACCAUCAGUCAUCGCGGCAUUAUAUGGAAAGAAAAAGACAGCAGAAGAUGAUGAUGAGGAAAAUGAUGAGAAGGAGAAAAAAGAGAAAAAACCAGAUGUGGCUAGGACAAUGCUUUCGUUAAAUAAACCUGAAUGGAAAUAUAUAGUACUAGGUUGUUUAGCAUGCACAUGUACCGGUGGCAUUCAACCUGUCUUUGGUCUAAUUUUGAGUAAACUUACAGCGGUCUUUCAAGAAUGUGAUAAAAACGUGCAAAAAGAUCGAGUCUUACUUUAUAUACUCUUGUUCAUUGGCUUCGGUAUUCUAAUCUUAGUUUCUACAUUCCUUCAAGCGUUUUCAUUUGCUUGUUCCGGUGAAGCACUGACUAAAAGAUUACGUUCACAAACGUUUCUGGCUAUUUUGCGUCAAGAUAUUGCCUAUUUCGAUGAUCCCAAGAACAAUACCGGUGCUUUGUGUACGCGUUUAGCUACUGAAGCGUCUGCUGUCCAAGGAGCAACGGGCAUUCGCAUAGGAACCAUGUUACAAAACUUAGCUGCGCUUGGCACUGGUGUCAUCUUAAGUUUUAUAUUCGCUUGGCAGUUAACAUUACUCAUCUUAGCAUUUGUUCCACUGAUGGUUGCCGGAGGAUUCCUACAAAACUAUCUGAUGACUGGAUUUUCAAGCAAAAACAAAGAAGUUCACGAAAAUGCAGGGAAAGUGGCAACUGAAUCGAUACAGAAUAUUCGAACAGUGAUACAAUUGACAAAAGAAGAUCAUUUUUACCAGGAAUAUUGUUCAUAUAUCGAAGUUCCCUACCGAGCGUCGAUAAAACGGGCACAUAUUUUCGGUGUAUUCUUUUCAUUAACAAAUUCCGUAAUAUUCUUUAGUUUAGCAGCGUUGUUCAGACUAGGUGCUCAUCUAGUCGCUCAGGGUACGCUUUCAUUUGAAGAUGUGCUCUUAUGUUUCAAUUGUAUUAUAUUUGGUGCGCAAAGUGUGGGUCAAACGGCUGCGAUGUCUCCAGAUUAUACCAAAGCCAUUGAAGCGGGCGGACGAAUUUUGGACUUGUGGAAUAGAAAACCAUUGAUUGACAAUACUUCAUCUUCGGGUGAAGAAAUUCCAAACUUCACUGGACAACUUGAUUUUGAAAGUGUGCAUUUCAUCUAUCCUAAUAGACCGGAAUCGAUCAUUCUCAGAAAUUUCAAACUUAAGAUUCGUGCUGGUCAAAAAGUUGCACUUGUCGGUACAUCUGGUUGUGGAAAAUCAACAACAAUUCAACUUGUCGAACGUUUCUACGAUCCAAAUGUUGGUCGAUUAUUGGCUGACUCGAAAGAUGUACGAAGUCUUAAUUUGCAAUGGUACCGCUCACAAAUUGGCCUUGUUUCACAAGAACCUACAUUAUUCGAUAUGUCAAUCAAAGACAACAUCGCCUACGGUGACAAUCGCCGUAGCGAUAUUCCAAUGGAGGAAAUUAUUGCAGCAGCCAAAAGUGCGAAUAUUCAUGAAUUUAUUCAGCAACUUCCUGAUGGAUACGAUACAAACUGUGGUGCUAAAGGUACGCAACUAUCGGGUGGACAAAAGCAGCGAAUUGCCAUUGCGAGAGCAUUAAUUCGUGAUCCAAAAAUUCUCUUACUUGACGAAGCUACCAGUGCAUUGGAUAGUGAAAGUGAAAAAGUAGUUCAAGACGCGUUAGAAGUUGCCCAAGAAAACCGAACAUCUAUCACAAUUGCUCACCGUUUAUCAACAAUUCAGAAUGCAGAUAUGAUAUGUGUUAUACACAAUGGUGUCAUAGUAGAAAGUGGUACUAGUCAAGAAUUGCUCGCACUUGGUGGUCGAUACUAUCGUUUAGCGAUGGGAAAAUUGAAAUAA